CUUUUCUUCCUAACCCAGAACCAUGUACGAUACUUGGUCUCUGAGUACCUCCCCUCCUUCGAGAAUCGCACCGGAUGCCCUCUUUGAUCCCACCCCUGGUCGUCGAACUCGACGAACUUGACCUCGACCAUUCGCCGGACUGUCUGCUGGCCGAUGGGCCACGCUCCUAUGACCAAAGAUGAAGGAUGUAGAUCUCACUACCUGGGUGGGCAAACCGCCAGAGAAACCAAGCAGGGCCAAGUCGCCUGCCGGAGAUGCUCCCGAUCAAAACCCAGAUGCGCUACACCUACAGACCGAGCUUUCACUUUCGGAUGAGUCGAGCGAAGCCGGCGAUAUUGUGCACGACGACGGGAAAGUAAAUCAGACAGACUUCAGCAGGCGUGUCCCUUUGGACGAGUCAGCCUCGGGUCAAGAGAGCGACGAUGGUAAUCUGUCGGUCGGCCUAUUUCAAAAGCGUUUCUAUAUCGACAUCCCCAACUUGUCUAAAGAAGAAAAGGAAACAUACGAGUACCUGCCAGGGCAUUUCUCUGUGGAAAAAGUACUGUCUGAGCAUAAAAAUAAGACCUAUGUUGUUAGGCUCGAGAGUGGCGAGCAAAAUAUUGUCUCUGCGCGGGAACUUCGGGACCUUGACAAUGGCUAUGAUGCAUUGUUGGAGUUCGAAGCUGGUUUUGUGCCGAGCAAAGGCAGACGAACUUCAGGGAAAACCCAGAGCAUGAUAGACUGGACCGCAAUACCUCUAUCGGAGUCAGAAGAGGACUCAAGAUCCAGGCGACGUCGUAAACAAGUACACGACAGUGACUCCUCCGAAGAAGACGAGGGAAAAGGUCUGUCGGAAGCGGAUGAUGAGAGUCUCUCGAAUGAAGGUCCUGGAGAAGGCCGACGGUCGGCAAGACUCAGCAAACUACGAAAGUCAGAGCAUCUCAAACAAGAACUCCUCUACCUUGAUGAUGACUCUGACGACUCCACAUCAAGGAGACGUGGGAAACCACGUGCCUCUAAACAGCAAUUUUCAAGAUUGUCUACGCGAGGGAUUGCACGUCCGCUGCGCAGCUCUAGGUUGAGACGCGACUCGUCUUCGCAGGCAGAACGGCUUACGGCAACACGGCGAUCUGAGCGAACGAAGACCAGACCGAAACGCAGCAUGCGAGAACGUCAGGAAGAUGAGAUCUCAAGCUAUGAGGAAGAGAAGGCAGGCCCGAAGGUUGUCAGUACCAAAGAGCACUUCAGCCAGAUUCCCGAAAACGACCCUUUCAGGAGAAGACAUCGCCAAGAAUGUGACACUUGUUACUUCAAAGGAGACGACAAUGUUAAGGGACCGUUGGUCUUCUGCCAGGGCUGCACAAACUCCUACCACAAGGUUUGCCUUGGGUUCCGCGGCACCAGAGAUCAUCUUGUCAUUAAGGUCGGUGAAGAUUUGUUCGUCCUGCAGUGUAGGCGUUGCAUUGGGCUUGCCCAUGAGAAAGAUGACUUAGCGCCACAUCAGGGACGUUGCUCAGGCUGCCAUGAGCUGGGGGAUUUAUCGAAACCAUUUCGCGGUCGUUUGACUACUCGUCAAGAACAACUGCAGAGAGAAGAGAAUGGAGGAAAAGAUCCAAUCACUAUUGUUGAACCCAGACUCAUUAACAAUGUCGCGAAUGUAAUGUUCAGAUGCGCGCAAUGUGCACGCGCGUGGCACAUGCAACAUCUGCCUGAGCGCAAAACGGCACAUUCGCUCGACGACGAGGAGGAACAGGGUACGGUGGACGAAACGCAACUAGCCCAGAAACGCUUUGAGCACUAUCAUCGGUCGUGGAUUUGCAAAGAUUGCAUCGAAAAUCAGCAUCAAAUCGAUACUCUUGUGGCGUGGCGGCCUGUGGAUCUUGACACCUAUGUUCCAGGAACUAGUGUGACAGAAAUACCGGAAGACGAUAAGGAGUACCUGAUCAAAUGGCGGGCGCAGUCUUAUUUCCGAACCACAUGGAUGCCAGGGAACUGGGUCUGGGGUGUCGCCACGGGGUCGAUGCGCACAGCUUUCUUCAAGAAACCGGAGCAUCAGCUGCCAAAGAUGACUACUUCUGAUGCGAUCCCAGAGGAGGUUUUCCGAGUCGAUAUCGUUUUCGACGUUCGCUACUCUAGCGUUGUACGGAACAGCACCAAGGAGAUUGACCUCGCUCGUGUCAAAGAAGUCGACUCGGCAUUUGUCAAAUACAAGGGUCUUGGCUAUGAAGAUGCCAUUUGGGAAAAGCCACCUGCCUACGCCGAUACGGAGCGAUGGAAUGAUUUCAAAGCGGCCUACGAGGAUUAUGUGAUGAAAUUGCAUAUGUCGAUACCUCCUCAGACCACAUUGAAGCGCCAUGUGACGCAGAUUCGAACGCAGGACUUUGAGACCAACCUUAUCAAGAAAAAACAGCCAACCAUUGUGACUGGUGGAGAGUUGAUGCGUUACCAGUUAGAGGGUCUGAACUGGCUUCUCUACCAGUGGUUCACCAACCAAAAUGCCAUUCUGGCCGAUGAAAUGGGGCUGGGCAAGACCAUCCAGCUUGUGGCCUUCUUUGCCACGUUGGUCCAGGAUCAUAAAUGCUGGCCUUUCCUUGUGGUAGUUCCCAACUCCACAUGCCCCAAUUGGCGACGCGAGAUCAAGAAAUGGGCGCCUUCUCUCAGAGUUGUCACCUACUACGGCUCUUCUGUGGCCAGGAAGCUCACGCACGACUAUGAACUAUUUCCCAAAGCCAAGGAGGACGACACUCAUGGACCGCCGAAGAAGAAAUCUCAUGAGGCCAAGGACAUCAAAGCUCAUAUCGUCGUCGCGUCGUACGAGUCAAUAAUUGAAGAGAAGACUCGGAAAAGUCUAAUGAGGGUCCCAUGGCAGGCGCUUGUUGUCGACGAGGGACAGCGGUUGAAGAGCGACCGGACACAGAUAUACGAGAUUCUGUCCAAAUUUCGUUUCCCGUUCAAGGUGUUGUUGACAGGCACACCACUCCAGAACAAUGCUCGGGAGCUCUUCAAUCUUCUGCAGUUCCUCGACAAGAGCGUCAGUGCCGCCGACCUGGAAGCGAAGUAUGCCAACCUCACACAGGACAACGUCCCUGAACUACACACGAUGCUUCGAAAGUUCUUUCUCCGACGCACCAAGGCACAGGUGCUGACAUUCCUCCCUCCCAUGGCCCAGAUCAUUGUGCCCGUUAGCAUGUCAACCGUCCAGAAAAAGGUCUACAAGUCGAUUUUGGCCAAGAACCCACAAUUGAUGAAAUCGAUUUUUGCCCGAGACAGCAAUAUCCUACACAAGGAAAGGUAUAGCCUGAACAACAUACUGAUGCAGCUGCGCAAGAACCUGUGCCACCCCUUUGUCUACAGCCGUGAGAUUGAGGAAAGAGCGGUCGAUGGUGCCGCGUCGUAUCGCAAUUUAGUCGAAGCGUCCUCCAAAUUGCAGCUGCUCGCCAUUAUGCUUCCCAAGCUUCAAGAGCGCGGACAUCGAGUCCUGAUGUUCUCCCAGUUUCUCGACAAUCUGGACAUUCUGGAAGACUUUCUUGAUGGGCUCGGGAUGCAGCACCGCCGGCUUGACGGGCAUAUUUCUGCUGCUGAAAAACAGAAGCGGAUCGACGAAUUCAAUGCCCCGGGCUCACCUUACUUCGCCUUUCUGUUGUCAACGCGAGCCGGUGGAGUGGGAAUCAACCUCGCCACGGCCGACACGGUCAUCAUUCUCGAUCCGGAUUUCAAUCCUCACCAGGAUAUCCAAGCGCUCUCCCGGGCUCACCGCAUUGGUCAAAAGGAGAAAGUGCUUGUCUUCCAACUGAUGACCCGAGACAGCGUUGAGGAGAAGAUUAUGCAGAUUGGCCGGAAGAAAAUGGCUCUCGAUCAUGUGCUCAUCGAGCGCAUGGACAAGGAAGACGAUGCGGGCGAAGAUCUGGAGUCGAUUCUUCGAUACGGUGCUGCAGCUCUAUUCCAAGAUGACACUGGUGCCGAUGAUAUUAUCUACGACUCGGCAUCGAUUGACCGUCUCCUUGAUCGGACGCAGAUCGAAGACACAAAGAUCAACGAGGAGAAAUCGGCCGAGUCACAAUUUAGCUUCGCUCGAAUCUGGGCCAAUGAUAAAUCAACAUUGGAAGAGGAUUUACCGGACCGCACAGGUCAGAGUACUCCUAACCCCGGCAUUUGGGACAAGAUAUUGCAGGAGCGCGAACGACAGUUUGCUGAAGAGCAAGCUCUGAAAACUCAGGCUUUUGGGCGAGGCAAGAGGAAACGACAGAACGUCGACUACGGUGUUGGCGACGACGGCGAGAAGGGAGAACCCGACUCAGAGAAGGUCCAACGCGGCGUCAAAGCGGUCGACCCUGACUACAGAGCCCCAGAGGAUCAAUCUAAUGAUGAAGAGGUGACGGAGAGUGACUCGGCGCCCAUGUCACGACCGAAGGUUCAAGCCCGGCCAUUCCGACGAGUACGAGUUCCGCUUGGACUAGCACCACAUUUCAAUGGAGACGGAGCUGUUAACUAUGGGCCGGUCGAGCAGAUGCCGGUAGUGCAUCAUUGCUCUGCUUGCAAUGAGCAACAUCCCAUGGGCUGGUGUCGGUUGAAGCUGGCAGGUGUUGAACACUGCGGGCUAUGUGGGAUUGCGCAUUUGGGCCACUCUCGAACGUGUCCGCAUCUGAACAAUGAGAAUCAGGUCAUGACCUUGUUGCAGACGCUCAAGGAAAGCACCGAAAGUCGGGAACUGAUCGACCAAGCCACGAAGUACCUGCGCAUGGUGAGGGGGGAUCUUGUGCAGCGCAAACGAGCUCGGGAACGCAAAGAACACGAGACUCUGGUGCACCACCAACAUCCUCCAGCCCAGCAGCAACAACCACAUCAGGAAGCUGGACAGAGGACAUGACGAAGCGUACUACGAUGGAGGUGUUAUGGACAUAGGGGCUGCACCGAUUUUACGAGUAUGAUGAGAGCUGACAAGGACUGGGACGCAGUAUCGAGAGCAAACAUCAUUGGCGCUCUAUAGGAUAUGGUUGGAAGAUUACGGGUUUGGGCCGAAGGCGGAACCUCCCAUCAGGAGAGAAACAUGCAGACAGUGAUAAUACCCCCAACAGCUGCAGUUGGUCUAACCAGGA